GCAGUCCGCGAUGGCCUAGACUUUUCAUAUGUUCAGCAGAUAACCAAUCAUGAGAGUGACCACGGCCGUCUCAGAACCGGCGUUGCACCGGUAUAAGUAUCAGGCCAUUUGUACUGGCAGCAUUCCACGGCUUAGAUUCACGCCAUCACGAUGAACGUCUUCAAUCCUCGCAUUCUAGAGGCUUGCAUACGAGAUGUGACGGCGCGCCUGACUGACCAUCAGAAAGCGUCUGUACUAUUGCAUGCACUCGAGCGACUGCCUGCAGAAGGAGGCUCUCGGGAGAUCAUGGAAAAUUCCGUUCAAGCACUCUUAAAGACCAAUGGGUUGCCGUGCGUAGACCUCACCAAGGCACUGAUUCUGCGUGCCAAAACGAGGCUUGUCGCUGGUUAUCGGACCUCUGCUCAACAGGAUCUUCAUUCGGUCUUAACGCUGGACCCCGACAAUCAGGACGUCAAAGACAUCAUUCAUUCUCAACAUCUUCGCCCUGAAAUGCUUCUCAGAGAACCCAAUGGACCUCCUCGUUUCUCCAUCGAAGUAUGGACACAGAUUGCCCUCUUCCUCCCAAAACGAGAUUUGAAAUCUCUCCUCCUAGUUCCCCAUCCGGUCUCUCGCAUCGCUAGUCAGCUUCUGUUUCGGGAGAUAGAUCUUCAUCUAACCCCGUUACACGAACUAACUGGGAUAGAUUCGGGUGUUUCAUUCGACGAUGCAUCGGACGUAGACCGAGAUCUUGACAAUUGGCAUCAUCAGCGUAGUGCUGAUAUCCUCACUCGCAUUCUUGUUGACCCCCAAUUUGCGGGGAAAAUUCGCACCUUGGGCAUUCAUGCCGCAUCGCACGACCUUUCGCAAUCGUUGGCAUUCCAAGUUGGCAUGCUCCUCAAUGCGCUCCCGAAAUUGUCAAAUUUGAGAAAGGUGCACUGUUCUGGGAGCAAGAAUCUCAUUUUGCGUGCCGUCCGAUGCAUGCACAAGUGUAUUCCCAAAAUUCAAGAGUUAUCACUCGAACUCGCGGACCCUUCGGUAGAUAUUGACAUACCAAGAUUCAAGCAUUUGACGCACUUCUCUCUAACUUCCGAAGGUGGCGAUCCCACUACCACCCAUAUCUUCAUUGCCCAAAGCCGCGAUACCCUCCGUGCACUCGCCAUCCAAAACAGUUGUUGGCAUUUCCCGGCGGAUGCCCUCUCACUCCGCCAACUCUCGAAUCUUGAAUUCGGAGGCCACCUCACGACGGAGAUGUUUUCAGAGAUCCUGUCUAACGGGUACCAGCUUGACUCCUUGAAGCUGUCGGGAUCACUGGAGUGUUCGCCGUCACCACUGUUUCGGCAACAUCGAUCCGCCCUCCCGUUCCUCCGCCAUCUUCAUAUCAGGAUUACUUCUCUAAAUCGGCACGUCCAAGAUCGUGACCUAUGUCCUUCCAUCUCUGAAUUUGUAAUACAUCGCACCCAGCUACGUACUUACCACCUUUUCCUUCCGUGUGGCGCGGAGAACCGCCGUAUCGGGUUUGACGCGUCAGCGUGGGGUGUCCUACCGGCAUUGUCGCAGCUGAGGAGUUUGGCGAUGACAAUUCCAGGCGACUUGUCAUUAGGCUUGGCGGGAUGGCUCGUCCCAAGGAACGUCAGUGCGCUGGUGUUAGAUAUGGAAGGGGCAGCGGUAGACGUGGUAUCAUUUUUGAAGCAAAUUCGCCCCGGCAUCCCCACUUCGUUGAAGUAUGUCGGUAUCACGAACACGCGUAUUCGAUCUGCACAAGUCGUCGUCGAGCAUGGGUUUCCACAGGUACGUGUCGUCGCGAUCGGGCAAAACGUGUGGAGCGUAAUCAAGGGCCGUUCUGCUGAAUUUGGGAGCUCCGAUGCAUUACGUGCUGGGAAGAGUGUAGAGGAGGCAGGGCAGGUAUCCGAUAUAAGCGUGGAACAGUGGCCCUAUCGUAGGGUAAGGUUCCAUCGGAAGGAGUGGCUAGAGUUGAUGGAGUGCGGGGAUGCGGUAUGGAGGGGUGUCGGUGGCUAAGAAGAUGUGUUUGUAUGAUGUGAUGAGUUCGCAAUGGAUAAUGAUACUAAUCUGGAAUGAGCAGAGGGCCUGGCGAAUAAAGUUUGAAGCGUGUGCCAUGUGGACGCUGGUUUCUUAUCCGAGAGAGACGGUCUUCGGCUUCUAGUAAACGAUAAGGAGGUGUGGUCCCUCGUGCCUGGCUCAUCCCCCAACGCAAAAGGAAUGUCAAGUACUCUUUUUGUCUGAUCUCAGGGCUCUAAAAGGCGCAGCGCGUACAGCCCCGGGGUAGAUACAAUCAUGCGAGUAUUGAGCAGGAGCUAGCAAGUUACAAUACGUGCAGGUUGCCGACCACAAGACUCCAGGGGGGAUCAAAACUCUCAGUCUAAACGUGGGAGUAAUGCGCC